GAGGAGGAGGAGGGUACUGAGCUGAGAGAAAUCUGUCAGACUCAAACACACUGCUCUCUCUGUGUGUGAUAGAGAGAACGGAGGGAUGAGAGGAGAGGAGGAGAGCUGAGGAACAGAUAGAAACAGAGCAGAGGAGCACAAAGUGAGGUCACUUCACCUAUGGAUCGGGACUCCUACCAGAAACCCGGGGGAUUCCAUGGACGCACGGAGCAGAGUGACAUUCCCUCUGAGUAGUGUAUCUGAUUGACACUGACGCCAAUGCAGCUGUAGAGCAGCCAGGCCCAAGGGUCAGGGGUGAAAGGUCACAGUCUACAAGGGACCACAGCACGGGCUGAAGUUGAGAGGUGCCAGACAGGAGGCUAAGAGACGAAUCAGUGUUCUGGGAAGGAGGGUUUUCGGUGACAGGCGAGGGUCCAGGGGUCAAAGAUGAUGACAUCACAUGGAAAGUUGAGGAGGGAGAAGGGGAGUCUGGCCGAGUACGAAUCACAAAUGAAAGACCUCCGGGCCCAGCUGACAGACCAGAUAAAGAUUUUAGACUCUCAGGUGGAGGUGAAACAGCAACAGCUCUCAGACCUCUCGGAGUUUCUUCGACGCCGUGGGGACAUCGAAGCUGAAUAUGCUCGUGCCCUCGACAAACUCACUGAGAGGUUUACCCACAAGACCAAGAAGAAGGAGCAGUGGGGUCAGUCAGUGUGUCAGGUCUGGUCUGUUUUGCUGACUCAGACUCGUCUGGAGAGCCGGGAACAUGCAGCACUGGGUGACACCUGCUGUAACACACUUACACAGUGGCUGGCGCACAACACCGAGGAUACACACCGUCUACACAAACGGAGCAAAGAAGUCGGCAUCCAGAUGCAGGAUGAGUUGCUAAAGGUCACCACUGAGCUGCAAACGGCUCUAAAGACGUAUAACCAGUACCACACAGACUGUCUGAUCGCUGAGGGGAAACUGAAGGAAGCCGAGCGGUUGGAGGAGAGACACACCGGCAAGUCAGCUGAGCUCGGGCCCGGCCAAUCAGGAGGGCAGAGGCGGAGUUCUGUCAAAAAGAUGGAGAGAUUAAUGGAGAAGAGGCAUGGAAGAGUGCAGGAGACGCAGCUAAAGUGUACCAAGGCUCGGAAUGACUACCUGCUGAAUCUAGCAGCAGCCAACGCAGCCAUGAACAAGUACUACCUGCAGGAUGUCAGCACGCUCAUUGAUUGCUGCGACCUUGGUUUUCAUUUGUCCAUGGAGAGAGUGAUCAAGUGCUACCUGGCCAGUAGGUGUCGCAUUCAGAAGACAGAGGACGCAGGACUGAAGCAGCUGGAGGCCGCUGUGACGUCCCUGGACCAGAGCGGAGACAGGGAUGCGUUACUACAACAGCAUGAUUCAGCCUUCUGUCUUCCAUUCCGAUUCAACUACCACCCACAUGAAGGAGACCAGGUGUGUGAGGUUAGCGCAGAGAGCCAGGUCAGGUACGAGCUGGAGACCAGGUUCCAGCAGCUUCAAUCUCGACUUGCUGCCGUUACCUUGGAAACAGAGGAGGUCAGUAAAACACUUAAAGCCACACUUACUGCCUUGCUGGACAGUAUGUGUGACAGCGACUGCAACCCCUCCCCUGACAUGUCAAGCAGCCAAUUACAUGAGCCCCCUGGGGGAAGCACCGCCCCUAAACUUGCCCUUGCCAAGCGUCGAGCCAAUCAGCAGGAGACAGAGACCUACUAUUUCACAAAAGUGAAGGAGUUCCUCACCAGCAGUUCUCUGACCUCCAAGCUUCAAGCCAAACAUGACCUUCUACAUGAUGCCAUACAAAAAGCUGAGGCCGUGGACAGCGACCCUUCGAGAAUGCAAUGUGCUCGGUCAGUGCGUGUUCGGAAGUCCAGACCUGUUUCCCAAUUCUGCCACACACUCUUCACCACAGACAUACUCUCCUACAUACAGAGCUCUGGGCAGCAGAUUCCUGUGGUGGUUGAAAGCUGCAUCCGUUUCAUAAACCUUCACGGCCUCCACCAUGAAGGGAUAUUCAGAGUUCCCGGAUCGCAGAGGGAAGUUAAUCUCAUCAGAGAUGCAUUCGAGAGAGGAGAGGAUCCUCUGUCAGACAGCGAGUGUGACCUGGACUCUGUGGCCGGUGUAUUGAAGCUUUACUUCAGGGGCCUCGAGCCUCCUCUCUUCCCGUAUGACAGCUACAAUCAGCUGCUGGAGUGUGUCCAAAUCGAGGCAGUGACUGAGAAAGCAGCUCAGAUUAAAGCGAUUGUUUCCACCUUCCCACGGCCCCUCCUCAUUGUGAUGCGCUACCUUUUCGCUUUUCUAAAUCAUGUGUCUCAGUACAGUGAUGAGAACAUGAUGCAGCCCUACAACCUGGCUGUGUGCUUUGGUCCCAGUCUGCUGAGGGGGUUGGAUUCUGAUGAUGCUGUUGCUAGGCAACCACAGGUCAAUGACCUUGUCAAAACCAUGAUCCUACAACACGAUAUCAUCUUCCCCGGCCAAUCAGAGCUGCCGGGCCCCGUCUACGAGAAGCACAUGACUCUGGAGCAGGAAUAUUGUGAACCAAUCACGGAGGAGGGAGAUGGGGAGACGGAGCAUCUGCCCAGUGAGGACGAGUGGGAGGCGGUGGCCAUGUUUGACUACGUGGCCAGAUCUCCUGCAGAGCUAUCGUUCAAGCAGGGAGAGCUCCUCAUCCUCCACAGCAAGGCCUCCUGUGAUUGGUGGAGAGGGGAGGUGGGAGGAGUUAAGGGUCUCAUCCCUCAUAAAUACAUCAGUGUGUUGGAAGGGUCAGAGCGAGGGAAAAGAGAAGAAGGAGGAGGAGGAGGAGGAGGCAGCACUGGAAACCUGACAGUAGAAGAUCCACAGACGGAGAACACAACUCGGAUGCGUGUGAACAGUGACAGCGCUUCGUUGCCAGGGAGACAGAGAGGAAGUGAGGGGAGCCCCAAUCGAAAGCCGCCAACCUCUCCUGCUGCGCGACACUUGCCCAUGUCCCAGGAACGAAGACACACUUUGGACACUUUGAGACAGGGUGGUUUCAGAGCCACAGACCGGCCCCCCUUUGGUCAGCCAGAGAGAGUACCAGUAGACAAGGAGAUGAUCAGUCGCCAGAUGAACUCUGUGUUCAAGGAGCUCCUGUCUCGUCAGCCUCCUGUGCAGUCGUCCACCCUCGCCGCCGCCUCUGCCGCCGCCGUCGCCGCCCCCUCCUCUUCCUCCUCCUCCUCCUCCUCCUCUGUCCCUGUUGCCAAAAAAGGAGGGUUUGGCCUGAGGGGACGGGCCCUUUUCAGACCAGUGGACUAAACCAGAGGAGCAGAGAGGACGGGCUGACUGGAGUUACUUACUGUUAUUUACUGACAUUUGGUGAAGAUUUUAUUUUUCUGACACGUGUAGAAUAUUUGUGCCAUCUCAUGGUGCCACUAGUCUCGUUCUCUUG